AUGAAUGAAGAAUGGAAACAAGUGGUUGCAUUGAACAAUGCAGGCACUCACCACUUUUUUGCUGAGAAUUUUCCUGAAGCAAUCUCGUUCUUCGAAAAGGCUGUCAUCGAAGCCAAGGCUACCCUCUUGAAAUACCAGUCAAAUACAUCACCAAAGGCUUUCAAUCGAACGGACCCACACGCUCAAGGUGAAGAUUGCGAAGAAUCAAAGAUACAAUUAGAGCUGCGAGAUAGAGACGACUGCUCUAGCCUUGACAACGAUGAAAAUCUUGUAUCUCGAUGCUGCAUUUGGAUAUCCGAAUCCACCGAAGGGCCCUUCUCGAUGCAGGAUUGCACAACCUUUGCAAUGAGCUCAGUUUACAAUCUUGGCGUAACAUACCACUUGGUUGGACUACACCAGGGUUCUCGUCCAUUUCUAGAAAAAGCCAACCGGUACUACGGUUUGGCAUCGCAGCUGUUUUCACAGGUUCAAUUGAGGUGCGAUGGUAGCCGCCUUUCAAUGCAUCUACUGAACAACUGGGCUACACUGCAUCGUUCAUUGGGAGACCAAUUCAUGUCAAGACAGCUCCUGCGACAGCUCUUUUGUCUGGUAUCUCACCAUGUAGAUCUUGGGUGGGUUUCGGCAGAAGGGCAUCAUCAGUCCAAUCUCUUCUUGAGAAAUCUUCUGGUUUUGCUUUAUCCCCCGCAUACCGCCGGUGCUGCUUAG